UAGACCACCCCUUCUCUUCCGGAUAGGGAGAGACCUUCUCUCUCUCCUACUCUGUUUUGCUUUUUGGCUUCUCCAACACUUCUUUCUUACUGCUCCUCUGUUUCUGUCAUCUCUCUCACUGGUUCUCUGCGAUAAUGACGGACAUUACAGACGAUAUUGUAGAGGAAAUAUCGUUCCAGAACUUCGAAGAUGAUUGCAGGUUACUUGGCAGCCUUCUCAACGACGUUCUUCAGCGAGAAGUUGGGAACCAAGUCAUGGAGAAAGUUGAACGAAUGCGAGUCUUAGCUCAGAGUGCUUGUAAUAUGAGAAUGGCGGGGAUCGAGGACACAGCCGAGCUUGUGGAGAAGCAGCUGGCAUCUGAGAUAUCGGAGAUGACUCUAGAAGAAGCCUUGACGCUGGCCAGAGCAUUCAGCCAUAAUCUCACUCUGAUGGGUAUCGCUGAGACCCAUCACAGGGUGCGUAAGGCUAGAAGUGUUCCCCAUUUAUCAAAAUCUUGUGAUGAUACAUUUAAUCGAUUGAUACAAGGAGAAGUUUCUCCGGAUGAGCUCUAUAACACUGUCUGCAAGCAGGAGGUUGAGAUUGUUCUUACUGCUCAUCCCACUCAAAUCAACCGGCGCACCUUGCAGUACAAACACAUUAGAAUUGCUCAUUUACUGGAGUAUAAUGAUCGGCCAGAUCUUAGCCAUGAAGAUCGAGAGAUGUUGAUUGAAGAUCUGGCGAGGGAGGUUACUGCAAUAUGGCAGACAGAUGAACUGAGACGGCAAAUGCCUACACCAGUAGAUGAAGCUAGGGCCGGUUUGCACAUUGUAGAGCAGUCCCUUUGGAGAGCUGUGCCUCAUUAUUUACGACGUGUCAGCACUGCCCUGAAGAAACAUACAGGAAGACCACUUCCACUGACCUGCACACCAAUAAAAUUUGGGUCUUGGAUGGGAGGUGAUAGAGAUGGAAAUCCUAAUGUGACAGCAAAGGUGACGAGAGAUGUUGCUCUUUUGUCUCGUUGGAUGGCGAUUGAUCUCUACAUUCGAGAAGUUGACAGCCUUAGAUUUGAACUUUCCAUAAAUAGAUGCAGUGAGCAGCUGUCAGAACUUGCACAUGGGAUUCUACAUAAAGAAACUGCAUCAGAGGAUUGGCAUGAAGGUUGGAACCAAUCAACUAGAGGUCAGUCAAAGCCUUACAGCCAACAUGCUACUGCAUUGCCAACACAACUUCCAGCAGGUGCAGAUUUGCCCUCUUGCACAGAAUGCAAUGAUGGGGACUCUCAAUUUCCCAGACUGGAGAUUCCAGGCACUGAUUACAUGCCGCUGAAUCGUCAGGAUUCUCCAAGUUCAGAUUUUUCAUCAACUCAAAGCUUACAGAAAGCAUCUAGCAAUGGAGUUGUAGCUACAAUCAGCAAUUCAGCAUCUUCUAAAAAUCCCCAGACAGUUGUGACCCCAAGGAGUGCAUCUUUUAGCUCGAGUCAACUCCUUGCCCAAAGGAAGCUAGUUGGAGAGUCUCAUAUUGGCAGGUCCAGCUUCCAGAAGCUUCUAGAACCAAGUCUACCUCAAAGACCUGGAAUUGCUUCUUACAGAGUUUUUCUAGGAAAUGUUAAAGAGAAGCUCUUGAAGACACGAAGGCGGCUGGAGCUUCUCCUUGAGGGUCUUCCUUGUGAACAUGAUCCUUUGGAUUACUAUGAAACACCAGAGCAACUUCUGGAACCUCUACUGCUCUGCUAUGAGUCCCUGCAAUCAUGUGGAUCUGGAAUCCUUGCUGAUGGACGACUUGCUGACUUGAUCCGAAGAGUUGCUACCUUUGGAAUGAUACUAAUGAAGCUCGAUUUGCGUCAGGAAUCGAGUAGACACUCUGAAACAUUGGAUGCAAUUACCAAAUACCUGGAUAUGGGUCUCUAUAGUGAAUGGGAUGAAGAAAAAAAACUGGAAUUUCUAAUUAAAGAGCUCAAAGGCAAGAGACCUUUAAUUCCUCCAACAAUAGAGGUUGCUCCUGAUGUGAAAGAGGUCCUUGAUACCUUCCGUGUCACUGCUGAACUAGGGACUGAUUCACUGGGAGCAUAUAUUAUUUCAAUGGCUUCCAAUGCGAGUGAUGUCCUUGCUGUGGAGCUCUUACAGAAGGAUGCACGACUUGCCCUGAGUGGUGAGCUUGGGAGACCAUGUCCUGGUGGAACGUUGCGGGUGGUCCCCCUAUUUGAAACAGUGAAUGACUUGAGAGGAGCUGGUUCAGUAAUCAGGAAAUUGUUAUCUAUUGACUGGUACCGUGAGCACAUAAUAAAGAACCACAAUGGACACCAAGAGGUCAUGGUUGGGUACUCUGAUUCUGGUAAAGAUGCUGGGCGCUUUGCUGCAGCAUGGGAACUUUACAAAGCCCAAGAAGAUGUUGUAGCUGCCUGCAAUGGCUAUGGAAUAAAAGUUACCCUCUUCCAUGGGCGUGGUGGGAGUAUUGGGCGUGGUGGUGGCCCAACUUAUCUUGCAAUACAGUCCCAACCACCUGGUUCUGUGAUGGGUACACUCAGAUCAACGGAGCAAGGGGAGAUGGUGCAAGCUAAAUUUGGAUUGCCCCAGACAGCUGUGAGGCAGCUGGAGAUAUACACAACAGCUGUGCUGCUUGCAACCCUAUGCCCUCCACAGCCCCCUAGAGAAGAAAAAUGGCGUGGUGUUAUGGAGGAGAUAUCUAGAAUCAGUUGUCAUCAUUACCGGAACACUGUAUAUAACAACCCAGAAUUCCUUGUGUACUUCCAGGAGGCUACCCCACAGUCUGAGCUUGGUUUCCUUAACAUAGGAAGCCGACCCACAAGAAGAAAGAGCUCGACUGGUAUUGGACAUCUUCGUGCAAUACCAUGGCUAUUUGCAUGGACCCAAACACGGUUUGUGCUCCCUGCUUGGCUUGGUGUGGGUGCUGGCCUAAAGGGUGCAUGUGAGCGGGGAUGCACAGAGGACUUAAAAGCUAUGUACAAAGAAUGGCCUUUCUUUCAAUCUACCAUAGACCUUAUAGAGAUGGUACUGGGGAAGGCUGACAUCCCUAUAGCCAAGCACUAUGAUGAAGUACUAGUAUCACCAAGCAGGAGAGAGCUUGGUGCUGAGCUAAGGAGGGAGCUACUGACGACAGGGAAGUAUGUGCUGGUGGUUAGUGGGCAUGAGAAGCUCUCUGAAAACAAUCGGAUUUUGAGGCGACUUAUUGAGAGCAGGCUCCCAUAUCUCAACCCAAUCAACAUGUUACAAGUGGAGAUACUGAGCAGGUUGAGAUGUGAUGAUCAUAAUAAUAGACUCCGGGAUGCAUUGCUUAUCACCAUAAAUGGAAUAGCUGCUGGCAUGAGGAACACAGGUUAAGUGCUAUAUGUAAGCUUCAAUGGCAGAACAGCUCAAAUGAGAUACCCUGAUCCAGCUGGAUUUGUGCUUUCUGUUUGCUUAUGUGUGUCAGUGUAUUAUAGGCAUGAGACUGAACAUAAAGAAUUCAUUUAUGAACAGAAGGGCUUUAGAUCAUUAUAUUUAUGAUAAAGGCCAUCAUACCAGCUUAAAUUAGCACCAUUUGCUUUCCUCGAA